UUCUUUACAUACAAAUGUAUAGAGUAUUGAGCAGUGACUGGGUGACGAGUUGAAUUUUUAUUUGUAAAGUUACUUGUAUCAUCUGAUUACGAACACCGAGAGACGCCGCUCGGAGCAGAUAUGGCGAAGGUAGCUGUGGUCACCGGCUCCAACAAAGGGAUCGGCUUCGCUAUAGUCAAGGGGCUGCUGAAGAGGUUCGAUGGCGUGGUCUACUUAACUUCAAGAGACGUCGCUCGAGGGCAGGAUGCAGUCGCCAAGCUGAACGAGCUCGGCCUCCACCCGCAGUACCACCAGCUCGAUGUGACUGACAGGGACAGCGUGGCCAAGUUCAGGGACCACAUCCAGGAGAAGUACGGAGGCAUCGACAUACUCGUCAACAACGCAGCCAUCGCCACCAUCGAGGACCGCGCGUACGAAGCUUCUAAGGCAGUUGUACACAUCAACUACUUCAGCAUACUGACAAUCCAAGAACUGCUGUUUCCCUUGGUCAGGAAGAACGGCCGCAUCCUCAACAUAUCCAGCGACUGCGGACAUCUGUCCAACAUACGCAACGAGUACUGGAUCCAAAGACUGUCCAAGAAAGACCUGACAGUAGAAGAUGUCAACGAAUUCGUCAAUUGGUUUUUGGACGGAGUCAAGAAUGGAACCUUCGACUACGGGGACAUAGCUGAUGGAGGAACCAUUGCCUCGUACAGGGUGGCCAAAGUGGCGCUCAGUGCGGUCACCAGGAUACAACAGAAGGAACUCGAAGCGAAAAACAUCUCAGUGAACUCCAUGCACCCAGGGCUGGUGCAGACCGACAUGACGCGGGGCGUUGGCUUCUACGACACCGACCAGGCGGCCGACACUCCCAUAUAUCUAGUUCUAGACGCUCCCGACACCCUCAAGGGAGCCUACGUAUGGUAUGACAAACAAGUGCUGGAUUGGUUCGACUACAAAGCUGACUAUUACUUUAAAAUCAAAACCAUGAUAAAGUAAACUGAACAAAAUGUGACUACAGCAACAAAUCAAGUGUAAUGGCGCGGUGUUGUAUAUUUACUUAUAUAGCUGAAUAAAUAUUACGUUACAUUUUAUUGGAAAUUAUUUUGGUGAGCAUGACGUGUAAAAAUGGUGCAACUUAAAUUUCUCUUUGUUUGUGAAAUUAAUUACUGCUCGUAAAUUAUAUCCGGUUUUGGACCUCUACCAAUAUAACUCACAGCCCCGGGGUGCGUGAGCAGCGCCAUGACUACCUAGUGUACGCGGGUGCCCACUGCAACAUUAUUGUCAAAUGUAAUUCUACAGACGAGAUGUGGAUGAUACAAACGCAAAUUGUAAAAUAGUGAUCGUAUAAAAUGUGACAAUAAACAAGUUUUAGUUGGACCCUGUACGAGUUACCGUUACCAGAAAUAUAUGAUUUACUUGUGUAACCAGAAGCACAUUCCUUGCGAAAUAAUUUGUUUCACGGGGCUUUGAUGUUUGUCUUCCGAAGUUUUGAUUAAACUGAAACAAAAUGUUACGCGCGUAGGUACAACAUGUCGACGCGAACUGUAAUCAAAUAAAAUAUAUUUACUGUA